AGGAGGCCUAAGUUUGGUGUGUGGUGUGUAGCCUUCCUACUUUUCAGUGUUGAGGAGAGGUAGUUGAAGUAAAACUCAAUUGCUGGUUCAGAAGGGAAUAAUUUAUUGGCGAAACAAUGCCAUAUUUAUUUACAAAACUUAUGUACAACUAGACUACCUAAGCAACCAUACAUUUUGACCAAUCGCCGUUUGAUGUUAUAUUCUUGUCGUCUCGCUCCCACGAUGUCUCUCUGUCACCGGGUUCGCGCAGUGUUCCGAGUGCGGCGCGAGUCUUCUGUCUCGCUCUCACGCUACCUCCUUGUCGCGCGGCGCGCGCGCGGAGUGCGAGGGGAGGUGUCGACUGGAGUGCCCGCUGCCCCCAGCCUCGAUCUUUUCGACGGCGGGCAGCGGCGCAGGACGCACGCGUGUACCGGAGCGCGACGCGGCGCGUGCCCACGCGGCUCGCCGCUCCACGCGUGGGCGUUGGUGAUGCUGCUUGGUGACAGUGGUGCGAGCGGUGCUGGUGCUGCGAUGAGGGACGGUGCGACGUGCAGUGGUCACAACGAAACAGCUCUUCUCAGAGCUAUGCAACGGCUCUUGUCAGGGCCACAUUCCUGUUUCUAUUAUGAUGACCAAUGUGGUGUUUCUGUGCUGAAAGUUGCUUGUGGCUUCGGCUGCAAACAUUCAUUGUUUCGAUUCGAAGACGAUUUUUAUUGUGGUCGCUGGCGGCUACACAAGCAUCGUUUGUGAAUACGGG